AUGUAUCUACAACAACAACAACUAGUUGAGAUAGUUGAGAUCUUGGAAAAGUGUAAACAAGAUAUCAACAAGUUUCAACAAGAUCUCAACAAGAUUAAUAAGAAGUUAGAACAAGAUUUCUACACGGCAUUAAAUAAGUUCGAUGAGGCAUUAAAGAAAAGAGAAGCAGCACGAGCUCAAGAUGUGCAGUUGGAUGAUGAUGAAGACGAAGAGAGAUUUAUCGAAGAAGAUAUUUGUGUUGUCGACUCUGUCUAUAAAGAUGAAGUUUGUGCAAAACUCGGACAUGAUGAGAUCUGUGUAAAGUCUCUGCAGAACGAUUUUCGUGCAAAAAUAGGGCGAAAUUGUAUUGAUGAAGAUUUUGGGCAGAAUCUUAAUGAUCUCUUCCGCUACAUCAUUAAUCGCAACAACCCAUGUGGAAAUGUUUACUCUCACGACCAUCUCCACAAGGUUGCAGAGACGGCUCGGAAGCUGGGGAUAAUAUUGAUCGUUGACGAAGUGUACGACAAGACUAUAUUCGGAGACAACCCUUUCGUUCCGAUGGCCAAGUUCGCAUCGAUCGUCCCUGUGCUCACCCUGGGAGGCAUAUCUAAAGGAUGGGUUGUUCCUGGAAGGAAGAUUGGCUGGAUCGCCUUGAAUGAUCCCGAGGGCGUUUUCGAAUCCACCAAGGUGGCUCAAUCCAUCAAGCAGAGUCUUGACAUCACUCCUGACCCUUCCACUAUCAUUCAGGCUGCGCUUCCUGAGAUUUUGGAGAAAGUGGAUAAAAACUUCUUUGCAAAGAAGAACAAGAUACUCAAACAUAAUGUCGAUUUGGUGUGUGAUAGGCUCAAGGAUAUUCCCUGCGUCGUCUGUCCCAAGAAACCCGCACUACAAGAAAACAGCGAUAUUCUGAGGGAUAUUCCGAGGGAACAAAAUUUCCUCGGAAAUUUCUGA